GCCGUUCAGUGUUCAACGAGAUACGGGCGCGGCCAGUUCGUCGUUACGGUUGUGCGUGUGUGUGUGCGGCGUGUGCGUGCGUGUAUAUGUAUAUAAUAUAAUAUAAUAUCAUUAUUUUAUUCUUCGCCGUCGUCGUCGUCGUCGCCGCCGCCGCGCGUGUGUGUCCAUCGUACCGUAUCGUGUUUUUGUGUGUGCGCGCAAUGUGUACGUUAAGUAAUAUUUUUUCGUCGUAAAAAAAUUACGAUUCGCAAAUUUUUUCUCGAUAUUUUCCGAUAAUUUUUUUUUCCCGUCGCCAUCCCGCCGAGUGCGUGUCCGGUUUUCGUUUCCCGUGUGCCGACGAUAGUGUCGUCCGCGUGGACCGCCGAGUCCCUCCCGGGUCGUAAUCCUCUGUGCGCCGCGCUCUCUCGCCGCCGCCGUCGUCUUGCCACUGUGUAUGCGUACGUGUGAUGCGUGUCCGCCGAAUCGCCGCCGGAGCCGUCGUUGUAGUCAGCAACAGAAGCAGCAGCAGCAACAGCGUAAGCCGCCGCGUCACCAACAAAAACAGCGACAAUAGCAGCGGUCACCGCCGUCGUCGUAGUAACGUCGUAGCGUCGUAGCGAUGGCGUCGUGCAAACGGCCGUGUUGUAGCCGCGGCGCUGGCGUGUCCAACAAGCGGCCGUGCUGCAGGGACGGCGGCGUGGACGGUGCGUCAACGUCGUCGUCGGCCGGAGGGUCGGCGACGCUCCGGUCGCCCGACUCUCUGUUGGACAUCACCGCCCGGAUUGUGGCCGAGAACAUACCGUUCCAGCGGAUCGAGGAACGGUACAGCCGCAUACCGGAACCGGUGCAGCGGCAGAUCAUCUAUUGGUCGUUUCCGCGCAAUGAGCGCGACAUAUUCAUGUACUCGUCCCUGAUACGCGUGUCACAGGCCAGCUCAUCUUCUCAAAACUCCGAACAGAGCAACCUGUCGUUUUAUAAAGGACUUAAGCUCCUGGAGACCGGGUGCGUGGACCGGGUGCUGCAAGUCGGAUUCCAUCUGAGUGGUGUGGUGUGGAACCAGAGACCCGGAUCACCGUCGUACAACCAUCCCGACCAAGAGAACAAAACACACAAAGUGUCGGUCAGCUUUGACAGGUGCAAGAUAACGUCGGUGACAUGCAGCUGCGACACGAAAGACAUAUUCUGGUGCCCCCACGUUGUGGCCUUGUCCUUGUACAGGAUACGGAACGCGGACAGUGUCAGGCUCAGGGUCCCUAUAUCAGAAACCCUGUUGCAAAUGGACCGACAACAGUUGCAGAAGUUCGUGCAGUACCUCAUAUCCGAACACCACACGGAGGUGUUGCCCACGGCCCAGAAACUGGCCGACGAGAUCCUGCAGCAACGUUCGGAGAUCAAUCAGAUUGCAGGAGCGCCCGACCCGACGGCAGGUCCGAGCGCGGACGACGAGCACACUUGGCACUUGGACGAGGAACAGGUGUGCGAACAGGUCCGAUCAUAUCUGACGCACGGUAGCUAUUACAAUGCCAACAAGCAGCUCAACUCGCUUUUCGCCAAGGUGCGCGAGAUGCUCCGGGCUCAGGACUCAAACGGCGCCCGGAUGUUGACGCUCAUCACCGAACAGUUCCUGUGCGACCCACGGCUGGCACUGUGGAAGUCCCAGGGUACGCCGAUCACGGACAAGUGCCGACAGCUGUGGGACCAGCUAGGUGCCCUGUGGGUGUGCAUCGUGCUCAACCCGCACUGCACGGCCAUCGACAAGGGCCAAUGGAAGACGCUGCUGGAUAAGUGGACGCACGUCGACAUAUGCCCGCCCGAGGACCCCGAUAUGCUAGCACUGCCGCCCGCCUUCAACGAUAGAAAUCACCAUCAGCCGCCCGAGAAUGGUUCGGACGAUGACGUGGACAAUGUCAACUAUAGGCCUUCAUCUCGGUCUAGCAGGUCCAGCCCGAGGUACAGGAGCAGUUAUCCGAGCACGAGCCAGCGAAUCAACCGGACAAUAUUUCACAGAGCUUUGGAUGCGGUGAGCAUGUCCUGGGAUAACAUACAUCUGAAGAACGUACUGUCCAGCGACACAUACAGUAGUCACAUACCGGACAGCACGCAAUCGGGCAGCUUCAACUCGCUAGGACAGCCGCUGUGGCACGAGGCGCUGGCCACUUGCGCGUCUCGCGUAGACGCGCUCCGGUCGCACGGACAUCACGCGGCCGCGCUCAGAUUGGCCGUGUGCGUGGUGCGCACGAUGAAGCAGCAGCAAUUGGAUGCUCAGCGUCGGUGGCAGGAGAGCCAGAAACCACCUCCACCGCGGUGUCCGUCCCGACACUCGAACCCGCCGACCCGGUGCUACGAGCUCCGUCCCGCGCAGUCGUGCUCUUACGACACUUACUCGCAAACGCGCCCGUGCUCGUCCCGCUGUGUGUCGUGUCCGAUGGUCGGUGGCGGUGGCGGCGGUUACGAUCGUCUGUCCGCUUCGUCGUCCGGUGGCGGUCCGUCGUCGUCUUCGUCGUCGGCCGCCGCCGCUGUGUCGUCCUCGUCGUCCGCUUGCAGCCUUUCCCGGUGCGGUUACAAUGACUCGCGGUCCGGUUACCCCGGUGGUGGUGGCGCGGGCUGUUCCAGUUACCGGUGCACUGCGUUCGCGGACGCUCCACGUCCCAAUCUGUGCACUGCACCUAGGUGCAACAGCUAUUGCACCUACUACGACAAUCAUCCACCGCCGCGCACGCCGGGUGGCCCAAUGUCCGGUGGCGGUGGUGGCGGCUUAGGCAGCGGAAACAUGGGCGGUGGCGGCUCUUCUGGGUACCGGUACCCGGAGCGGACGAACAGCCGGAACGGCGGAAGCAGUUCCCGGGGCAGCGUUGGUGGUGGCUCCAACCAACAGACCGCCGUGCUGCACAACAGCUGGACCGAAGGAUGGGUCGGCCACCCGAUGGACCCGAUCGGCUGUCUGUUCGACACACUGACUGAUGCAUCUAUAGUUCCUGAUCCAAAUGUGCCUCAUUCGCCGUCGUCAUUUUUUGACGCCAACGCAUCUGAAGAGGGCAUCCUGCGACCCACUCCUCGCCUCACCCACAUACCCGUUGUUGGUUCGCAGGACCGCUCCGAAACGUACCUGUCGCUUGCGGUCGAAGUCGCCCUCAUCGGCCUCGGCCAACAGCGCAAUAUGCCUCCCGGACUUUACGCUCAGGAGAAAGCGUGCAAACAAGAAGACAGACUGAUAGCCAAACUACAAGAGUUGGACAUGGACACGAACCUGGUGGGCGUUUUGCGCCGACAAGCCAUCGUCCUCCUAGACGGCGGUCCGACCAGUGGACUAGGCCUAGGCGUGCACAGAGACAGUAUACCCAUGCACACGUUCGCCCGUUUCUUGUUCGUCGCCCUUCUGGACUACUACCCGGAUCUGGCGUACGAAGUCGGCUUGCGGGCCAUGAGAUUACCGAUCCUGGAAGACCACGAAGACUCGGACAAUCCGAACGGUAACCCUUCGUCCGUCAUGCUGAACCGCUAUCCACGUUGGUUCACACUGGGUCACAUCGAAACGCAACAAUGCACGUUGGCGUCCACCAUGCUGAGCGCUGCCAAAGGUGAACUACUUCGACUGAGAACCGUACUGGAAUCUGCACAACGACACAUACACAGUUCGUCUCAUCUCUUCAAAUUAGCCCAAGAUGCGUUUCGUUUCGCGACACCCGAAAACGGGCCCAGACAUCCUCCGUUGUUGACCGUCGCCUUCGAACUCGGAUUACAAGUAAUGCGCAUCACGCUGGCCUCGUUGAACUGGCGAAGACGCGAAAUGGUCCGGUGGUUGGUGACGUGUGCCACAGAAGUCGGCAUGGAUGCUCUCACCUCCGUUAUGCAAAAUUGGUUUCAAUUAUUCACGCCCACCGAAGCCACAGGACCAGUCGCCACGACCAUAAUGUCUCACAGUACAAUGCUCCGAUUAAACCUAUCAUUUGAACAUCAAGAAAAACUGUCGAGCUACGCACGUACAUUGGCACUCCAAUGCGCGUCCAAAGACCCUCCGAACUGCGCACUAAACGCUCUGACUUUGUGUGAAAACGACGCGACUGCAUUCGAAUCAGCUUACCAGAUAGUAUUGGACGCCGCGGCGCACAUCAUGACCUCAUCUCAGCUUUUUACGAUCGCCCGCUACAUGGAACACCGCGGAUACCCGAACCGCGCAUACAAACUCGCUAUGCUCGCAAUGAAGAACGUUCAUCUGGCGUACAAUCAGGACACUCAUCCAGCCAUUAACGACAUACACUGGGCCUGCGCUCUCAGUCACUCUCUGGGCAAAAAUGAAUUGGCCACCAUGAUACCGUUGUUGGUGAAGAACGUGCAGUGCGCCACCGUGCUGUCAGACAUAUUACGUAGAUGUUCGAUGACGCCACCUGGAAUGACUUGUGCUCACGCACUGCCUCCACCUGACACCAGCAAACACCACCAUCACCAUCAUCACCACCAUCAUCAUCACCACCACCGGAAUAACGGUGGCGGCGGCGGUGGCGGAUCGUCGCGGUGCGGCAUGAUGAAGGGCUUGUCGUACGAACGGGCCCCGCUCCGGAUCCUGCUUGAGGCGGCCGUCGCUGCGUACGUCAACACUACGCACUCGCGGCUCACGCACAUAUCGCCGCGGCACUACGCCGACUUCAUCGAGUUCCUGGGCAAGGCGCGCGACACGUUCAUGUUGGCGCAUGACGGGCACGCGCAGUUCGCGCAGCUGCUCGACAACAUGAAGCUGGCGUACAAGGGGAAGAAGAAGCUCAUGUUCCUCGUCAAAGAGCGGUUCGGGUGACUAGGGCACGGCGCGGUGACGACGCCCUUCCGCAGAUGAUAUCGUCGUUGCCGUGCUCGCGCAAUCGCGCGCAUUUCGUUGUGGUGUGGGCGGCGGGUACGUCGUCGUCGAUUGCGAAGUGGUGUGUUGUUGUUGCUGUUGUUGUUUUGUUGUUGUUGUUUUUGUCGUAUUCUCAUAAUGAUAUGACGUGUUAUUACUAUUUCUCAUAUACUCCGCACAAUCCGCGAGACCGCACGACGACGACGAUGACGACGACCCUCCUGGUUCGAUUGUACUAAUUAUUACACACGGACCGCUGCCUCGUCCAAACACCUAUACAUUAUGAAAAGUCGGACGAAACACGAGCGCCGCGCUCCAAAAAAACGGUUAGAGGAGGAAAAAAAGUCAUCAUCGGUGAAGUUACCUACUAAAAAAAAAAAAAAAAAUUAAUAAAAAAAAUAUAAAGCUACCAUCACCAACCAAACAACACUACGCUACACUACACCAUAAUUAUUAUAUACAAACUGUGACGGCGUAAUAUGUUUACUUCUCGUGUGUAUUAUUAUAAUUAUUUCUUUAUUCCGUCGUUUGUUGGUUUGCCAAACCGUCAACACAUAUUAUGGUUGACCCACCCUCCCGCCAACAUUCAACCCUCAUCUGACUUCCCGCAUAUCGUACCGAUAUAUGGGUCUCACAAUAAUGGAUAUUUAUUUCCACCAUAUUAUACCAUAAUAUACCGAAAUAUAAUAAUAAUACACUCUGCAGUUAAAUGAUUACCGUGCAGUGACAAAUCUCCAUGACUAUAAUUUAUUAUUAUGUAUUUGUACUGAGGGGAUGUCGGUACGCUGUAGUUUAUUAUGACUAUCACUGGAACGAAACCAAGUAGAAGAUCACGCACUUAGUUUCGGACAAUCUAUUGAUUUUUAUAAUAUAUACAUAUAUAUAUACAUAUUUUUUGUAUCUAUUUAUUUCUGUAACUGUUGACUGUGAUUGGAUCAAACGAACUUGAGCAAUAUCAUUUAAGUUUUUAUUAUUUUUAUUUUGUAAUAACAACUUUUAUGUAUAAUGUUGGUUUGUUUGGCACUUUUAUAAAUUCCUAGCAAUUUUAGUCUCGCAUACUUAUCUCUAUGUUUAUUUAUAUUUUAAUCGACAAAUAUAUAAGUUCCAACGAUAUCAUUUGCCAUUAAAACUUGUUUUGUUUAUUUAAAUACCGAGAAACUACAUGCGUUAUAGAAACAAGGACCUACAUUUUCUCAAGCUUCGAAUACAAUAAUAAAUAAAUGUACAUUCUUGUAUAAGUUUUAUUUAAAAUUAAAUUUAUUAUUAUUUUACUUUUUACAUUUGCAUUUACAAUUUACAGUUAAGUAUGCAUAUUAAGUGUAUGUUACCCAUGUAUUUGUGCAAUCAGAAUCUAUUACUUUUUUUGUUAUUUUUUUGUUUUCAAAAUUAUUUUUGUGUGUUUUUUAUUCAGUUUGUGAUUUUACAAAUUAUACUGAACCAACACUAGAAUAUUAUAUUUUUUAAAUAUAUGAAAUAUCCUAAGUCUUAGAUUUAACAGUUGUAGUUACAAAAUAAAAAUAAAUUCUCAUCUCUGAGAUCAUUAAACAAUGAUGAAUUGGUCCCGAAUGUUCUACAAAGCAAUAUGAUAUUUUUUAAUUAAAAAAAAAAUGAUUUUUAUUUUUAUUUAUUUUGUAACUUAAGACUGUUGUGUUGUAUUUUUUUGAAGCUUUAAAUAUUUUGAAUUUGUUUAUAAUAUUUUAAAGUUUUUAACUAUUAUAGGAGUGUUUUUUUCCGUAAAUAGUCCACUAAGUUAUUUUUUCUUUUAUUAUUAUUAUUAUUAUUAUUAUUAUUAUUUAUAAAUCAUAGGCUACUUAUUAGGUAUAAAAAUACAUUUUUUUUAACAAUGUGUAAUUAAAAUGAUAAAAUAUGUAAAAUAAUGUAUAGGAUUUUAGUAUGUAAGCAUCAUAUUAUGAAUACUUGUGUAUAUUUUUAAGACCAAGUAUUUAAUAAUAUAUUUUAGUUUUAAAAUAAAUAAAUUAUCAAAAGGUAAGAAAAAAAAUAAAAAAAAAAUAAAAUCAAUUGUACAAAAAUAGGUUACCUAAUAAUUUUAGGCCUAAUUUUGUAUUGGAAAAAUCGACUUAUUGUUUCUAUUUUGUAACUUAUGUUAUUUUAAAUGUAUAUAUAUUUAUAUACAUAUAUAAUAUUAUAUAUAUGUAUGUAUUAAAAUAUUAAUUUUAAUAUAAAUUUAUAUUUUUUUGGUUUUGCUCAAUUAGAAAAGAAAUUAAUCUACCAUAGGUUAUAUAAUAUCAUUUAUAUUUAAUCUAUGGAUUGAUUGAAAAAUGUUACAAUUACGCAUAUAACUAUAAUAAUAUAUGCGUUUCGUUAUAUGAAUUACGAUAUAUCAUUGUAUUGAUGAAAUAAAUUAACUUCCAAUCAUUACACUAAAUGAACUAUGCCCACCUAUACAUAAAAUAUUAUUUUUUAAGAUAGUUGUUGCUAUGGUACCCAUAUUAAUAUAUACAAUACUAAUUUAUGAAAAAUCAAUAAAUAGUUUAAGUAAAUCAUAGCGUUAGUUGUAAGAUAUUGUGUAUUACCUAUUUAAAGGAGAAGAAAAAAAAAUUAUGAUAUUUUUAUGACUGAUGUAUGUUUUAGGUACUUUAGUAGAAAAAGUACCUAAAUAAUUUUAAAUAUAUUAUAAUAUUAUGGUAAAUACCUAUAUAAAUACAAAUAUUAAUAUAUAUAUAUAUUUUUUUUUUACUAAAAAGAAUUGUAUUUUAUGACCCAUUAUCAAUUAGGUACCAUAGCUAAUGUAAUUGCGCUUUAAAAAUGUAUUAAACCAGAAUGGUGUUCACCCAUCCCAUUAUUUCAGUGACUUAGUUUUUAAUUUUGUAGCAACUCAAUAUUGUAUUGUAUUUGAUAUAUUUUAUGAUUACAAUAAUUAAGUCUGUAUACAAACAUAUUCAUUAUAUUUUUUUUUCAUUUCUACAUAAUAAUUAUUAUUAUUAAGAUCUCAGUUUACAAUUAUGAAAAUGCUACAAGCGGAUGGAUUCUCUUUUUCCUUAUUCUUUAUUAUCAUUAUUAUAAUUAUUUUUUUUUUUUUUUUGUGAAAUAAUCCUGUGUAUCUAUUUUAGUUUUAGGUGAAAGUAAAAUAUAAAAUGAAAAUAAAAACAAAUAUAAAAUGUGUAUCAAUUA